AGCGGGAUGCAACUCAACCUGACGCUGAUCUGCUUCGUCUUCGGGGGGUUCCUGCCCGACGCCGCGGCCCGGCGGGAGCAGAUGGACACGGGGCAGUGCGACCUGCCCCGCUCGCAAGGAGAGCUCAACUCCUUCCUCUGGACCAUCCGCCGUGACCCCCCCGCCUAUCUCUUCGGCACCAUCCACGUGCCUUACACGCGAGUGUGGGACUUCAUCCCCGACAACUCCAAGGCCGCCUUCCACGCCAGCUCCAGUGUCUACUUCGAGCUGGACCUCACCGACCCCUACACCAUCUCGGGGCUGGCCAGCUGCCAGAUGCUGCCCCACGGGGAGAACCUGCAGGACGUGCUGCCCCGGGAGCUGUACCGCCGCCUCAAACGCCACCUGGACUACAUCAAGCUGAUGCUGCCCCACUGGAUGACCCCGGACCAGCGGGGCAAAGGGCUUUACGCCGACUACCUCUUCAACGCCAUCGCCGGCAACUGGGAGCGCAAGAGGCCCGUCUGGGUGAUGCUCAUGGUGAACUCCUUGACGGAGACGGAUAUCCGCUCCAGAGGGGUGCCGGUGCUCGAUCUCUACCUCGCCCAGGAGGCCGAGAGGAUGAAGAAGACGACGGGUGCGGUAGAGAGGGUGGAGGAGCAGUGUCACCCGCUGAACGGGCUCAACUUCUCCCAGGUGCUGUUUGCUCUAAACCAAACUCUGCUCCAACAUGAAAGCCUCCGAGCAGGUAGUUUGCAGGCCCCGUAUACCACUGAAGAUCUCAUCAAGCAUUAUAACUGUGGAGACCUGAAUGCUGUCAUAUUCAACCAUGACACUUCUCAGGUCCCUAACUUCAUCAACACAACACUCCCACCCCAUGAGCAGGUAACGGCUCAGGAGAUAGACAGCUACUUCAGACAGGAGCUCAUCUACAAGAGGAAUGAGAGGAUGGGGAAGAGAGUGAUGGCACUUUUAAGGGAGAAUACAGACAAGAGCUUCUUCUUUGCCUUUGGAGCAGGUCACUUCCUGGGUAACAACACUGUGAUUGAUGUACUGAGACAAGCAGGAUUUGAAGUGGAGCACACCCCUCCUGGACAACCAAUUGGAAAUUCGAGGACGACAAAGACAAGCGCAGCCUUGGAAGGGUCCUCAGCAACAGCCCUGCCCGCUGUCCAGCUUUCUGAGCAGGUCCCACUGACAUCUCCUUCCCUGAAGCCCCUGCAGAUGGACGAAGAAGACAGCCUGUCUCCUCACCUCCUGUUGCCAGAUAGCAUCAGCCAGCUGGAAGAGUUUGGCAGGCAGAAGAAAUGGCACAAGAAGCAGCACAAACACCAUCGCCAGAGGCAGUUCAAUGACCUCUGGGUUCGAAUAGAAGACAGCACCACCACAUUGCCUUCCUAUAUCAGGAUAACCAAUGGCUACAUCACAGUCAAACCUCCCAUUUGGAUUUCAAACCGGCUGGAUCACAGACCGCGCUCAGAUCGCCCAUCCCAGCCUCAGCCUACAAGCUCAGCUUCAGCCAGCCCUUUAUGGCCAUCAAUAACUUCUCUCUGCGUGGCCAUAGCUUCUUUUCUCCUGAAUCUACUGCAGCCUUCCUGACCACAUUAGUAUUACGUGCAAUCCCUUGGAAUAGAGAAGAGAGAUAAUUUAUGAAUGAAUUGGAGGUUAAGACAACAACAGUUACAAGCUGGACCUUCUCAGUGACUCAGUAGUGCCUUCUAGCUGAUUUUGUCUCUUUGCCCAGAUACAUUUUGAAACUCUAAAGCUUUAUUGUAACACUGACUUACAUCUUCUUUUUGUAGAAGGAUCUUUAUUUCCCAUAGUGCUAUGGGGUUUUGUAAAAUAUACAUGUUCAUAUAAAGAAAAAAAAAGAAAAAGAAAAAAUGUAUUUAUUCAACUGGUAAACUUAUUUUUCUUGUUGUAUAUGUUAAUAACAUCCCUAUUAAUCAGUAGCGAUGGUGAAACAGAUAAAUUAAUAUUUUCUAUAUUUGUUUUCUAACUGACAACUCUGCAAAUGUCUGACCUGACACCAAAUGAAUGCCUUCUUUGUUUCUUUAACCAUUACUUUUUACAGCAACUGUCCAAUAAGUACAUUUCUGCUGAACUUCUUUAUUUUACUUUUUUUUAUCUCAUUAGCAUAGCUUACACUGAAUAAAGCAGAUCCUGCUCUCUGUGGCCUAUGCCCGUUAGAUAAAUAGGUGCAUUCUUAAUUUGUUAGCUGCUACAACCUAAAAUACCAGUUAUUUUUAUAUGACUUAGUAAGUCAUUAGUCAAGAUAACCCUCUAAGUUCCCCUGUUGUCUUUAACUAAACUAUUUAACUUCUUUGGAAAUUACCAAUUUCCCUCUGCC